CGCCGGAAGUGACGACACUCCUGGCGCGCGCCGGGCGCUGUUUCUUCCUCAGGCUCCGGGACAGGCGGCGGCGCAGGGUGUUUUAACUCAAAUGGGUGAUGAAAAGGACUCUUGGAAAGUCAAAACCUUAGAUGAAAUUCUUCAAGAAAAGAAAAGACGGAAGGAACAAGAGGAGAAAGCAGAGAUAAAACGCUUAAAAAAUUCUGAUGACCGGGAUUCCAAGCGGGAUUCCCUUGAGGAAGGGGAGCUGAGGGACCAUCGCAUGGAGAUAACAAUAAGGAACUCACCGUACCGAAGAGAGGACUCCAUGGAAGACAGGGGUGAGGAAGAUGAUUCUUUGGCUAUCAAACCACCCCAGCAAAUGUCUCGGAAAGAAAAAGCCCAUCACAGGAAAGACGAAAAGAGAAAAGAGAAACGUAGGCAUCGCAGCCACUCAGCAGAAGGGGGUAAGCACGCUAGAGUGAAAGAAAAAGAAAGAGAGCAUGAACGUCGGAAACGACAUCGAGAGGAGCAGGAUAAAGCUCGUCGAGAAUGGGAAAGACAAAAGAGGAGGGAAAUGGCAAGAGAACAUUCCCGGAGAGAAAGAGACCGUCUGGAGCAGCUGGAGAGGAAGCGGGAGCGGGAACGCAAGAUGCGGGAGCAGCAGAAGGAGCAGCGGGAGCAGAAGGAGCGGGAGCGGCGGGCGGAGGAGCGGCGCAAGGGGCGCGAGGCCCGGCGGGGAGUUUCUGCCCAUCAUCGCACCAUGAGGGAGGACUAUGGCGACAAGGUGAAAGCCAGCCACUGGAGUCGCAGCCCGGCACGGCCACCGCGGGAGCGGCUCGAGCUGGGGGACAGCCGCAAGCCAGUGAAGGAAGAGAAAAUGGAAGAGCGAGACCUGCUCUCCGACUUGCAAGACGUCAGCGACAGCGAGAGGAAGACCAGCUCGGCCGAGUCCUCGUCGGCGGAGUCCGGCUCGGGCUCGGAGGAGGAGGACGAGGAGGAGGACGAGGAGGAGGACGAGGAGGAGGAGGGGGCGAGCAGCAGCGAGGGGUCGGAGGAGGACGACGAGGACGAGGACGAGGAGGACGACGAGGAGGAGGGGACGGGAAGCGGCUCGGAGGACGCGUCCGGCCGGUCGGCCGAAGAAGUGAGUGAGGAGGAGAUGAGCGAAGGGGAGGAGCGGGAGCAGGAGGACCGCGUCCCGGCCGUUCCAGAGUCACGAUUCGACCGAGACUCCGGAGAAAGCGAAGAAGGAGAGGGAGAAGCGGGCGAGGGCACCCCGCAGAGCAGCGCCCUGACCGAGGGCGACUGUGUGCCCGACUCCCCGGCCUUGUCGCCUAUCGAGCUCAAACAGGAGCUGCCCAAGUACCUGCCCGCCCUGCAGGGCUGCCGGAGCGUGGAGGAGUUCCAGUGCCUCAACAGGAUUGAGGAAGGCACCUAUGGGGUGGUGUACAGAGCGAAGGACAAGAAGACAGACGAAAUCGUGGCUCUGAAGCGGCUGAAAAUGGAGAAGGAGAAGGAGGGCUUCCCAAUCACGUCGCUGAGGGAGAUCAACACCAUCCUGAAGGCCCAGCACCCCAACAUAGUCACUGUCAGAGAAAUAGUCGUGGGCAGCAACAUGGACAAGAUCUACAUCGUCAUGAACUAUGUGGAGCACGACCUCAAGAGCCUGAUGGAGACCAUGAAGCAGCCUUUCCUGCCAGGGGAGGUGAAGACGCUGAUGGUCCAGCUGCUGCGUGGCGUGAAGCACCUGCACGACAACUGGAUCCUGCACCGUGACCUCAAGACAUCCAACCUGCUACUGAGCCAUGCUGGCAUCCUCAAGGUGGGGGACUUUGGGCUGGCACGGGAGUACGGGUCCCCCUUGAAGGCCUACACCCCAGUGGUCGUGACCCUGUGGUACCGUGCCCCCGAGCUGCUGCUGGGCGCCAAGGAGUACUCCACGGCCGUGGACAUGUGGUCAGUGGGCUGCAUUUUUGGGGAGCUAUUGACUCAGAAGCCACUGUUUCCUGGGAAGUCGGAAAUCGAUCAGAUCAACAAAGUAUUUAAGGACCUGGGGACCCCCAGUGAGAAAAUCUGGCCUGGCUACAAUGACCUGCCUGCAGUCAAGAAGAUGACUUUCACGGAGUACCCCUAUAACAACCUCCGCAAGCGCUUCGGGGCCCUGCUCUCGGACCAGGGCUUUGAUCUCAUGAACAAGUUCCUAACCUACUUCCCUGGGCGGAGGGUCAGCGCAGAGGACGGCCUCAAGCACGAAUAUUUCCGCGAGACCCCCCUCCCGAUCGACCCCUCCAUGUUCCCCACAUGGCCCGCCAAGAGCGAGCAGCAAAGGGUGAAGCGCGGCACCAGCCCUCGGCCCCCUGAGGGAGGCCUGGGCUACAGCCAGCUGGGUGACGAUGACUUGAAGGACACAGGCUUCCACCUCACCACCACAAACCAGGGGGCCUCAGCUGCAGGCCCUGGCUUCAGCCUCAAAUUCUGAGGUUCAGGGUGGACCCCAGCCCAUGCCUUGGGAGCUCCGACAGACAAGGCUUAGCCGGGACCGGGGGCAGUUACUGGAAGAGGUGUCUCGGUCCAGACCCAGGUCUCCCUGACGGGAUGCAGCUACUGUGGGUCAUGACCUCAAGUCUCGGACUGUUGAUUUUUCCACAUUUCGUUUUUAUUUUUAAUUGUAAAUUUCUAGAAUUAAAUCACAUUUUUCCUUGUGGAAGAA